GAUAAGCUAUGGCCGUAGUGUCUGCGACAUCUAACGGCACAGUUGAAAAUGAUAGAAAGGGGUGGUUGUUGAAGCGUACUCAUUUCACAUAUCGUUGGAAACUCGCUUGGUUUGAACUCAAAGACAGCUUGCUUGUAUAUGGUGAUAAUGAAAAGAGGCUUCAUAAAGCAAUCAACCUUGUUGGUGCAGAAAUGGAGCCAUUGGAGGGAAACACAUCCUUUGGCUGGACCAUUACGCCAGGAGACAGCAGUCAUCGCACAUUUUUCCUCCGUGCAAGCACAGAGGAGGAGCAGCAGCAGUGGAUGGAGGCGAUCUGUGAGGCACAGCUGAGGUCUGGAGAGCAGGGGCCAAAUGCCUGUGUGCUGCAGUGACAGUCCAGUUGUGUGUACUGUCUUUUGUUUACACAUUAUAGGAGUUCUGGUGACACAAUUAAGCAAUUACGGCAAGCCAUACUGUAUAUAUGAUCAUAUAUGACCAUCCACUCUAUUUAUAUAAGCAUUUAUUUAUUCAUGCUUAUCUGUAGAUUCAAAGGAAAGAGUUUAAAUAUGUUUACGAUACAGCCUAAAACAUUUGUUACCCUCUAUUUAUUAAAAAAUAGUGCUUUGUUUUAUACCAUGACUUUGAUGCCUUAUCAUUCAAAGUAACUAGAAAAACUGUACUGGGCCUACACAGAUGUCUGCUGUAGUCUAGGGCUAAGAAGGUAGUCUUCAUAAAACGUUCAGUUUCGCCCUCAAUGUUCUGGUCUGAGGAAAUGGAUUUGCAGAGCCAUUUCCUGUGUUAAAUGUAUAAUACCCAUUGUGCUGACCUCACCUUCAGCGUACAACUGAACAGAGGC